CCUUGCCCACGGGGUUCCUACAUGGUGCAUGUCUACAAACUGUACUGUGGUCCUUCCAUCGUGAGCAGAGUGAUGUAGAAACCACAGCUUCCUCUGUCUCAACGGAAGACAGUAGCAGGUGCAUGCAAAAGAGAAGCAGUAAGAAGAGCUUCUGCAUGACAACCCAAACUGCAAUGGGAGCCGUUUGCUGAAGUCGUGCUGGAGAACUGAAGACACUGAGGGACAGAAAGGCAAGAAAUCAAGCAGAUGAGCCCUGCGGACUCAUCUGUUCUACUCUGCAAAACAUAAUCAUCAGGAGAAUCGCUGAAAUAUCAAACUUUUUAAUGCAAGAUUUGUUUCUGUGCAAGAAACUAAUUAGGCGCAUGUAAUUGUGCUACUGGUUUUUACACACUCACAGCUGCAGCACUCAGACAAACCGCUUACAGAUUGCAGCCAAAAAGACAGUUGCUUGGACUCGCUUAAAUAUCAAGUUCACUCUUCCGCUCUCUUUUUGGGAUUUGGCACUUGACAGCAGGUCAUUAACUUUGUUUACUCUCAGACAAUGGACUUGUCCAUGCUCCCUGCUCCAGUGAGCGAGUACAGCAGGCAGAGGACAGGAGCACGCUUUACUGUCCGUUCAGCUAACUCUCCCUCCUAUAGUCUCACUCGCAGGCCAGGUGUGAGGAAACCACGAGGUAUUUCAGAGGAGGAGAGGGAGACUACAGAAGAAAUCAGCAAGAGCGAGAGAUGUGGGACGUACGCUGGCACAAAUGGGACAAACAAGGAUGAGGAUUCCGUGGUCACUGGUUAUCAAGCCAGGAUUGGGAGCAGUGUCAAAGGUCAGAGUGAGGGGAGGGAAACAACAGGCCACAAGCUGAACCAGAAUGACGCAGGAGGCAAAACUAUCACAGAGUUUGGCACUGACCGAAGCCUAAGCAGCAACCCUGCAUCUGAAAGCCGAGGCAGGACAGACUGGAGAAGAUACGACCUGCCGAGUAGAAGUAAGAGUUUAGAUUGGAGAUCUGGAGCAUUAAGCCCUGAUAACAGCAAAAUGGACAUGUUGUCAAGCAAAAGAGAUUUGGAUGAAAGACGAACAGGAGUUGAAGGCGUGAGGGGCAGAGUGAUGUUCUCAAUACAGGCCUAUAAGUCUGCAGCUACAAGUAGUGUUCAGGAGAAAGGCCCAUUGAGUCACAGGAGUCAGACUUUGGACAGGGCCAGUAGGGGUCAUUCUCUCCCCACUAGGCUGAGGUCCUUGUCUGGAUCUGUAUCUGGCUCUGUCGUAAGUGGAACAUCGUCUUCGUUUGGGCCCAAAGGAGGUCAGAGUAUAACGGAGCGGAUAGAGAAACUCUACGGGUCAUCUGGUUUUGGUAAAACUGAGGAUUCCAGUAAAAACUCUACAUAUGAGAGGACGUCGGGGGGAACCUUCCCCAGGCAUCUCUCAUCUAGAGAGAGAGGCAGCGUUAGUCCACUGCAAAGCAGGAACUCAUUCACCUGGACACAGAAAGACACUUCUGAGACUCUACUUUCUCCAGGGAUGAGCAGGACUAGGGAGAGACUGUCAGGGAUUCAGUGGCAAGGGCCGAUCCAGAGCAGGUAUUCAGGGGAUGGAGGAGUUAACUGGCAUAAAGGAUUUGAGGAAGUUGGCACAAGGUCUCUGGAUAGAGCAAGAAGCAGGUACUGUGUAGCAGCUCAGAUAAGAUCUGCAAGGGAUGCAGCAGGAAUUACUCAACCUCUGCAGUCAAACAGUUUCUUAGAAGAAGGGAGGUCAUUUUCUUUGAGAGAUUCGUCCCGUUUGAGAGAGAGAAGAGCAAGUGGGAGUUGGGAUUACAGUGGGUUAAAAAGUGAGACUAAUAGGAUACAUGGGACAUUGACAGAGAGUAAUGAGUGCCUUGAUGAGAAGACAAAAGAGACACGUGAUGGAGCAAAAGAACUGCAGAGUAGCAGCACUGAUGAGGACGUGUUUGAGUCAAACCCACAGAAAAUCACAAUGAACACAAUAGAGAGAAAGAGAUUCCCAGAGAGGUCAUCCUCUUCUUCAGCCAGUGUGAGAAAUAAGAUCAAUCAGUUCGAGGCUCUCUCACAGAGAACUCAGGGUUUGGCAACAGGACAGGCCCAGAUGCCCAGACGGGCCUUUUCUGUGCCAACACAGCUCAGCAGGGCUCACGACGGAGUGAAAAAGAGCGGGUCAGCAAAAGGGAUUGGUGGAUUUAGAGACAAAUGGGAAGGGUUGAAAGAGGGAGAUGGUGACACUGAGGAGAAAGGAACAGGAGCAGGAAAUAAGUUUGGGUCAAACAGGUCUUUUUCAGUGGACGAGGUUGGACUAAGAUUAGAGAGAAAAGUGAGAGAAGGGAGUCAUUUAGUUGAGAAUGAAGGGAAAGAAAGCAGUAACAAUUGUGCUGAAGAUGCAGAUAAAUAUUCAAAACUCAAGAGUACACUAGAAAUACCAAUAAAUGGAGGUCAAGGGUACCGUAAAAACUUCUACAUUGACGAAACAGAUUUCAGCAAAAUCUCAAGUCCUGAGACACCAAGCGAGAGACCACCAUCCUUGCUACCAUCUGACUCAAGUGACAGUUCUGCUAGUGUGCAGAAAACAUCCCCUGAGGUUACUUCACCUGUUAGUGAUGAAGACAAGACUCCAACAAACUCUCCAAAAAACUCUCCAAACAACUCACCUUUUCUGACACCCACCAAACAAAUGGAAAAUGUCAUUCCCAUUGCAGACAGUAAAAAUGAAAGUACCUCUGUCCCAACACAAGCAACCAAAACUCCACCAAAACAGGAUUCUCCAACUCUCCCUUGUCCCCUUGCCACUUCGUCCCACAGCAACCUCCCUGAUCUCAUCUCUCCAGAUGUCGACAAAGCCAAUCGAAAUAGCAAGAAGCAGGUGUUGGACCUGGAUGCUUGGAUAGCUGGCCUAACUCCUCAGGUUAAGGUCUGGGAUGAUGAAGAAGAUGAUUAUGAGGACGAUGAUGAAAGUACACAGAAGGACGAGGAUUCAAACUAUGACUCAGACUCUGGAGAGUCCUCGGUGACCAUCACGAGUAACACAAGCCACAGGAGCUUCUGUGUCAGUCUUUCAGACCUGUGUAACUUUGCUGGAGUGGACUAUGAGUCGGAGAAUGACAGCGAUGAAUGGCAAUCUACAAGCCAUCGAACUGCCUCGCUGAGCUCAGACAUGUCGGCCCUGUCCUGUGUGUCCGUGAUGCCCAGUGAGGAGCUCGAGAGGCUGCUGGAGGAUGUCAGAAGUGUGGGGGACAACAAUUUGCAGGACUAUAAUGAUGUGCAGGUGGUGGUUCUCCAUAAGGACAUAGGAGUAGGACUGGGCUUCAGUGUGGCGGGAGGCAUAGACCAGAACAAGCCUGUCACUGUUCACAGGGUGUUUCACUCAGGUGUUGCAGCCAAGGAAGGCUCCAUAAGGGAAGGCGACCAGGUUCUGUCAAUCAACGGCACAGCUCUGUGCGGCUACGCCCACUGGGAGGCCUUGAGGGUCUUGAGGAGAGCAAAGACUCGCGAGAUGGGGGUGGUGGUCCUGAGGAGGGGAGAGAUUAGUGGUGUCUGUAAGGGGGGUGCACAGACAAAGAAUCAGGCGCCAACACAGGAAGGUGAGCGUCUGUGUGUGCGUCUGGAGAAGAACAGCAGAGAUCUGGGCUUCAGUCUGGAGGGAGGUGUCGACUCCAGUCUGGGGAACAGACCACUGACUGUACAGAAGAUUUUUCAGGGAGGUCCUUUUGACAAGGUGUGUCCUGGUGAUGAGGUUGAAGAGAUUGAAGGUGUGAGCGUGGUGGGGAUGAGACGCCUCGAGGCCUGGACGAUGAUCAGAAGACUUCCUCCCGGGCCUGUGGACGUGGUGCUUCGUCGCCCUCUCAAACAUCUGGAAACAUGAGGAUUGUUGAGGUGCUCUGCACACAGUAAAGUUCAGUGACUGAUGACGGACAUGAAACUAAAAGCCAUCCAUUGGUGGCUAGGAACUUGGAUGAAGUGAGCCAUCGGGGCCUAACACCAUUUAAACAAUACAAGUCAUUAUCACAAAUCCCUAUAUAAUGUUGGACCCCAAGUCAAAAGUUUAAUUUUUCUCACUGUAUCUAUGGGAUUACAUCUACCUCAAGUCCUGAUAUAUUUUUGUACCAGCCAUAAUUUAAGUGCACUGACAGCUCAUACAUGUAUCAAGUCAACCAACCUCUGUAACAGACAUUUUUUGUCAGCUAAAGGCAAGUCACGUUGCACUUGAAAAUUAAAAUAUGUUGUAAUAUAUUGUAAAUAGAUGUUAACUGAAUUUAGACAUUAUAUUGCUUUUUAAUAAAUCCUAACUUAAAA